AUGUCAAACAAGUUCAACGAGCCAUGGACUCAUAACGAGAAAAUCCAGUUGCUUUUGAACAUACUACAAGGCCAGCAUCCCGACGUGGUCGGCUACCUGGUCCAUCACAUCCAAGAGCGCGGAUUGCCGCAAUGGCAAGACAUUGCAUUGCCAGCAGGCCGUUCGCUGCACGCGUCACAGGUGAUGUUCCAGAGCCUGGUCGACCAGCAACAUCGCGCACCACAGUCCUUCUCGUUCGCUCCUUCGAGCGCAUCGCCUUUCUCGCAUACUUCAUACCAGCAAUCGCGUAAUUUCACGGAACCGGUACCACACAUACAAGCACCGAUACCGCGAGUCCUCAAGCCACGCCCGGCGCGUUCAGACGACUCACCUGCACCAGGAUCGACGAAUGGAGAGACGCCCCUGACGAUUGUACAGACAGCACCGUCCGAAUUAUCGCUCGACAGGCCUAAGAAGCGCGGUCGUCCGACGAAGGAAGAGGCAGAAGAGCGUGAUCGGCUUCUCGCAGCAGAGGGCAAGGUCUACGAGCCGAAGAAGAGGCCUUCAAAGAAGACCAGGACUUCGACAGGUGCUCCGGUACCUGCGGAGGAAGCUACUACGGCAUCGGCUUCGUCGGAUGUGACACAGACACCGCUGCAGCGCAUCGAUUUCAGAGAAGACUCUUCGAGCGGCAAAAGACGAUCAAGGAGGCAGGAAAGCCAAUUGGCUUCAAAGCCUGCUCUGCCUGUAGGGGUGGCUACACCCCAGCAAACGAAUUACGAUAAUCCCCUUCCUAGUCCUUCAGAUCGAUUCAUGGCACGACCAGGUGAACGAAGCGGCGCCAGCGAUGCUGCUCCGACGCCUGCUGUAACGGCCAAUCCACCUUCGGCUUCUUUUACGAGCUUCAGGCUCGACAAACCACCGCCUGCGGCAUCAGAGGCCGCAAGCUUGCUUUCGAAAGACAAGCAACAUGCUCCUUGA